AACUAUGUGCGCCAACUGAAGUAGAAUUAAUAGAAAGUGAAUCAAUGGAGGUGAAAUCAAUUGAGGUGGAAUUGGUGGAAUCAAUGGAGAUGGAAUUAGUGGAAUCAAUGAAGGCGGAAUUGGUGGAAUCAAUGGAGACAGAAUUGGUAGAAUCAAUGGAGACGGAAUUAGUAGAAUCAUUGGAGGCAGAAUUGGUGGAAUCAAUAGAGGUAGAAUUGGUAGAACCAACAGCAGAUGAUCAGCUGAAAUUGAUGAGAAAACAACAAUGA